AUGGGGGUGAAAGAGAGUAACGUUUUGGACGUUGGCUACCCGAUAUAUGCCGCCACAUUCAUCAAUAACAAAACUGUUAUUGUUGCUGGAGGUGGAGGUGAAGGUAACAAUGGUAUCCCAAAUAAAAUCACUGUAGCCAAAUGUUUCUUCAAGGCUCCAGAUAAGAGUAAAACUUUACAGAAGUUCCGAGAAAUAAGCUUACCCAAAAAUGAAGACUCUCCAAUGUGUCUUGACAUUUCUCGGAAUUCCGGAAGUGAAGAUGAUUCAUUCUGUGUAUACGUUGGAUGCAAUCAAUCAACUGAACUUAUCAAGACCAUGAAUGUGAAUAACAAUUUGCGUAAGUAUAUAUACACCAAGGAUGAACACCUUCGUUUCCUUGACGCAGCUCAAUUGGAUGACGUUCCAUCGGAAAAUGUAUACCCCAAGGCUGUUUAUAUUUCAUCUCUGAACUCAGUUGGAUGUCUUAUGACUUCGCAAGAACCAUCACAAAUUUUUAUCUUUGAUCCAGAACUUUUAGAAACUAAAUUCAAAUUUACUCCAAAAGUAAAUCUGGAAAUUAAGGAUUUCCAUUUGAGUCCUGAUGAUGAUGGUAAAACCUUAUGUUAUGUGACUUCGUCUUCUGUUGAAACCAUUUCUACCAUUACUGGAAAUCCAAUUUCAACCACAGGUGGUAAUACAGAGGUCAAUUCCAUUUUGAAGAAGUAUAUUCUUUCCAAAGUGAAGUUUGUUGACAACUCUCAUGUAAUUAUUACUGCUUCAUUGAAAAAUGGGAAGGGAAUUGCCCUUCUUUUAUACUCCCUUGCGCAUCAAACAUUCCUCAAACAAAAAGUGAUUUCUACCAAAAUCAAAGGUGUGACUGCUAUAGAUAUAUCAACAGUACAAGAUCUCAUUGCAUUGGCAGGGAACGAUACUUCAAUGACAGUGGUUAGACUUUCUGAUUUCAAAGUAUUGAAGACUUAUAAUAAGCUCCAUGCCUUUGCUAUCACUAGAUUAGCAUUUUCUCCUAAUGGAACCAACUUGGCUUCGGUUAGUGCUGCAAAUACCCUCAGAGUAAUGAAGUUCCCUCCAAAGUAUUCACAAGGAAGAUCUACCAUAGGAACAUUGUUCAAUUACUUAUUUACGAUUAUAUUUAUGGUUUUAGUAUCAUUUGCGUUACAAAAGGGGUAUGAAAAUGGUCAAUUGGAACUUGCAUACGAUUACUCUAGGGAAUAUGGUACUAUUUUAUUUAAUUUGGCUCAAGAGUACUCUUCUCAAGGAUAUGAAUUUGUCAAGAACAAAUUAAAGGAUGAUGAUCUUGUUUCAAAGGGUACAGAUGCUGCCAGCUACUUCAAAGUAGACGAUUGGAAUGAAGAAGAAGACAAACAAAAGACAUCUUUGUAUUCAACUCCCCAAGAUAACCGGGGGCUUACAAUUUCAAAUGAUCAUAUUAACUUGGAAAGUACUACAGCUUCUCUCGCAAUUAGCAACAGUGACGAUUUUUUGAACGAAAAUUCUGAAACUGAAACAGUUUCUACUGGUGCAUAUGCCACUCCUGUAAAGGAAGCUGUUGAAGAAGUUGUAUCAAGCUUAACAGAACCUGUGAAGUCUUUUGUUGAAGAAACUGUUGCUCCAGUUGUUGAAAAAGUUGAAUCGAAAGUGAAAGAUGUAAGAGAACCACAUAUUGCGAGUGCCCAGCCAUCGGACCAAGACAUCAUUCUGGACACUUCAAGUGAAGUACAACCAGAAGUAGACACACAAGAAGAUGUCUCUGAAGAUGUUCCAACUGAUGUACCAGAAGUAUUGGAAGAGGUUGAAGAGGUGGUCGUUGUAGAGGAGGUUGUAGAGCAAAUUGUUGAACCUGAAAUCGAGGUCGUUGAUGCUGAACCAAUAGAAGUUGCUCAACCUGAACCAGUUAAAGUUACUGAACCUGAAUCAGCUAAAGUAGAAGAGCCUGAACAAGUGAAAGUUGCUGAACCUGAACCAAUAGAAGUUGCUCAACCUGAACCAGUUAAAGUUACUGAACCUGAAUCAGCUAAAGUAGAAGAGCCUGAACAAGUGAAAGUUGCUGAACCUGAACCAAUUGAAGUUGCCGAACCUGAAGCUAAAGUCGAACAGCCUGAACCAGUCAAGGUUUCUGAACCUGAACCAGUCACUGUUGCUGAACCUGAACCAGUCACUGUUGCUGAACCUGAAACUAAAGUCGAGAUUGUAGAUUUUGAACCAGUGAAGGUUACCGAACCUGAAGUUCAAGCCGUAGAAUCUGAACCUGUCAAAGUUUCUGAGCCUGAAGUUGAGGUUGUAGAACCAGAACCAGAACCAGUCAAGGUUGCUGAACCAGAACCAGUCAAGGUUGCUGAACCAGAACCAGUCAAGGUUGCUGAACCAGAACCAGUCAAGGUUGCUGAACCUGAACCAGUCAAGGUUGCUGAACCUGAACCAGUCAAGGUUGCUGAACCAGUCAAGGUUGCUGAACCUGAACCAAUCAAGGUUGCUGAACCAAUACAAGUUGCUGAACCUGAACCAAUCAAGGUUGCUGAACCAAUCCAAGUUGCUGAACCAGUCAACGCUUCUGAACCACUAACAGUUGAAUCUGAUCCAGUAGUUGUGGAAGAAGUUGCUUCUGAAGUUGGGGAAGACGCGGAACCAGUUACAGUUAACGAACCUGAAGAGAAGACUGUUGAAACUGAGUCAGAAGUCGUAUCUGAGCCUGUCAAUGUUGCUGAAUCUACACCUAAAGAAGAGUCUGAGCCUGUACCAGUUGCUGAACCUGAAAUUCAAGUCCCAGAACCUGAACCAGUCAAGGUUGCAGAACCUGAAACCGAGGUUGUUGAUACUGAACCAGUAGAAGUUGCUGAACCUGAACCAAUUCAAGUAGCUGAACCUGAAUCUGAUGCUGCUAAAGUACAAGAAGUUAAUACAUCAGAUGUAAAUAAACCAUCUGAGUCUAUUAAAACGGAUUUGCAGCCACCAGUCGUCACUGAAAGCUUGGAUAGUCCAGUUGUUGGAAAGACGAAAAAAACCAAAAAGGUCACUAAAACCGUCACAAAAAUAGUAUCCAAAGAGUCUGAACCUAUUAGACAUGAUGAACUUUAA